AUUACAGGAUCCCUUGUCAACUGCAGAAAAUUUAUUGAAUCAAAAUGUCUUGCACUAAUAUUUACAUCAUUAAGUAGCUCAGUCUUAAAUAUUCGAAAAGCCGGUUAUUAUGUAUUACAUCAGUUUUAUGAACAUCUGGAAGGUUCUAGAUUCAAAGAGAAAGAUUUAUGGCUAGGAAUUUUGAAACUAAUGAAGCAUAAUAUCACAAAAAGUAAUAUAAAGUUAUCUUAUUUAGUUACAUUAUUUCUCUGUAAAGUAACAGAUUAUGCAUUUAAAUCUGAAGAUCCAAUGUAUAAAUCAUUGAUGCAGUUUUUAACAAUAAAACCAUCUUUAGAUUUAUAUAAUGUUCCAGAAUUUUAUAAAUUUUUCAAUGGGAGUGAUAUGAUGAAUCGCACAGAAAAAGAGUGGAUAUUAAAACUACUGAGUGAAGGACUUCGUACAAGUCUGGACUUUCAUAUAUGUGAAAAGAGAUACAUAUUUCCCAUAUUAUUAACUUUUUAUAAUUCACCUGUUUGUAGUCAAGAUAACAAGCUUUUAAUUCUCAACAUUUUAAUAAGAGCAGUAAAAAUUCCAUCAGUAUCAAAAACUUUAUAUAAACAAUAUGGCCUUUUGACGUGGAUUACUAAUAUAUUGUAUAACAGAAAACCAAUAAAAGAAGAAAUAACAAAAUUUAAAAUAUUGACAAAUAUUUUGCAAGAGAGUAUAAGAGAGAAAAAUGUAGAAAAUAACUCCAUUGAAUGUGCACAUAAAAUUCUGUAGAUAUGUAAAUAAAUUAGAUC